AUGUCGACAUUUACGCUCCGCGACCCUCCUAACGAUCUCACCACGAUUCUCUCCAUCGAAAACAAGCUGCAGCUACCCAGCUUCACAUCGGACACGGCGUUUGAGCUCGGGAGUCUGAUCCGGUCACGGCUGCGCGAGUCGUUUGCGCGGCCCGCCAUUGUGAGCAUCACGCACGCCAACAGCGACCAGCUGCUUUUUCACGCCGUGUCGAAGCCGGGACCAGCGGGGCCAGGAACAGUAGUGGGAGGUGCUGGCACAGUAGGAACCGCGCCCGACAACGACAUCUGGGCAGCGCGCAAGCGGCGGACCGUGCUCCGGUUCGGUACGUCGACGUGGUAUAUGCGCGCGAAAUGCGGGACGGAGGAAGCGUUUAAGGCGAAAUUUGCGCUGGGCGAGCGGGCGGGCGACUAUGCGAUUCAUGGCGGCGGGUUUCCUGUGAGGGUGCGCGGCGUGGAGGGGCUGGUGGGCGUGAUUGUGGUGAGUGGGCUCAAGAUGGAGGAGGAUCAUCAGGUGAUAGUGCAGUGUUUGGAGGAGUAUUUGGGGGAGUCGGCAGUCUAG